AUGAUUGUUUUAUCCAUUUAUACACUUUUAUUAGUAUCAUUUAAAUUAAUCAAUGGAGCAUCAUAUUCUGAAGAUAGUACAAAAAAAAGAUCAAGGCUAUUGACAUUACCAGCUAAUUUUUUUUCAAGCCCUAGGAAGAAAAAAUUAUUUUCUUCUUAUAAUUCUUCUAACUCUGAAUCAUCCAGACCACGUAUAAAAUUAAGAGAAAGGUUUAGAUCUCAUAGCGAAUGUGAAAAUACUUCACAUAAAGAUGAUUUAAAUUUUGGUGAAAGUUCUUCAAAUGAAUCAUAUUUAAGUUUAUCUUCACUGGAAGAUGAAUUUGAAGAAUCGCAAAAAUUGGGUUUAAUCCCGAAAACCAAAUUGCCAACUAGUUAUGAUUUUUAUUUAAGUGAUGAAUUGACAAGUAAUAUUAAUCAGAACAUUUUGUUUCAAAAACCUUAUCAAUGUAAUCUCAAUAAUGAUAACUCAGAAGAAGAUGAAAAAAAUAAAACUUCAUCAAAUAAGAUUUUUUCUCUUAAUAGAGGAAUGUUUAAUCUUCAAACGAAAAAAGAUAAUACAGAUAAAGUUAAAAGUUUAGAUAAAAAUGAAAGUAAAAAAAAUUAUUUUGCAAGACCUUUAUCUUUUAUAAGAAGAAGAAAAAGUAAUAGUAAUUUUAGAAUUAGAGAUACAUCACAUUUGCAAAGUAAUAAUGAUUGCAAAAAAGAUUACAAAAAUUAUGCAGUUAGAGGUAUAUUUACAUGGGCUAAUAAAGAUGUUGAUAUGCUUAGAACUCGCCCACAUAGAACGUGUAGUUUAAGUUCUCAUGUGGAACGUAAUCUUAAUUUAAAAGAAGAAAAUGAAGAAUUAAUAGAAUUGUAUGCUUCAUGUAUUAAUGAAUUAAACAAACUUAAAAACGAAGAUAAUUUAGAAAGUAGGAUAAAUGAAGACAAUUGUUUUUUUGAAGUGCCUGAAAAUAAAGACGUAGAAAGAAAAAAAUUUAUGAAAAGCAAAAGUGAAGAGUUAAAAAAAAUGUCUUCAAUUUUUAGAAUGUACGAAAUUAAAAAAAAGGAAUCUAAAAAAAACAUAUUAACCCGCUCAUCUUCUCUUAGAGGACAUGAUAAAGGUAUCUUUGAUGACAAUAUUAAUAUAAGUUUGACAUUUAAAAAAAAAUUAAAGGAAAAUAAAGAAGAAAAUACUUCAGGUGAUAAUGUUAGUGAGCAUUCAUGCUGCAUAGAAUCAAUUGACAAUUGUUAA